AUGCUCAUUGGCCGUUCCAUUCAAGGGAUCGGAGGUGCCGGGAUUAUGGCCUUAUCGUCGAUUCUGGUCACAGAUAUUGUGCCCCUCCGAAAGCGUGGCGCCUACCUUGGCAUCUUGAGUUCCAUGUGGAGCGUGGGAUCUGUCAUUGGCCCGGUCCUUGGGGGUGGCUUUGCGCAGAAUGUUUCUUGGCGGUGGAUUUUCUACAUCAACUUCCCCUUCAUCGGGGUCGCAGGCGUGGUAACCCUCGUCUUUCUCAAGCUCAAUCGACCGCCGGCCUCCUUUGCCCACAAGCUUCGCCAGAUCGACUAUAUUGGGAUGGUCCUGCUCGUCGCUUCCUUGUGUUCGUUCCUCAUUGCGCUGACAUGGGGCGGUGUGUCAUACGCAUGGAGCUCCUGGCAUACCCUGGUUCCGUUGCUCGUCGGUGCAAUCGGGUUGUGCGUGUUUGUGGUAUAUGAAUUGUUGGUUCCCAUGGAGCCGAUGAUUCCUAUGCCCAUUUUCCUGACCCCCACGACGUCUGUCUCAUAUCUGGGUAAUUUCACGCAGGGAAUCGUUCUGUGGUGUAUUCUCUACUACCUACCCUUGUAUUAUGAGGCGGUGAAGGGCUAUAGUCCGGUGAUCGCGGGCGUUGCCCUGUUUCCCGAGACAUUCACUGUUGCGCCCUGCUCGGUUGCUGUAGGUAUUGGCAUCAGCAUCACGGGUCGGUUUCGAUGGGCGAUCUGGUCUGCCUGGAUCUUCGUUACUCUGGGAUGUGGCCUCCUCUGCAUCAUCACACCGACCACCAGCAUUCCGGGGUGGAUCUUUCUGAACAUCGUGCCUGGUAUUGGGCUUGGAAUGCUCUAUCCCGCGUUGGCUUAUGCAGUACACGCAUCAGUAGCAGAUGCGCACUUAUCCAUGGCCGCAUCACUCACCAGCUUCUUCCGCUCACUUGGUCAAUGCGUCGGUGUGGCCAUCGGGGGUGUGAUCUUCCAAAACCAAAUGCAAUUGGAGUUACGGAAAUCCCCCGAACUCGCUUCUAAGGCCAGAGAGUAUAGUCAGGAAGCGACGGAACUUGUAUUGGUCCUAGGCGCAAUGGAGGAUGGGUUGGAAAAGACCCACAUCAAACAGGCCUAUACCAACAGCCUGCGCAUCAUCUGGGCCGUUUGCUGCGCGAUCUCUGGGGUCGCCUUGGUAGGCAGCCUGUUUACAAGAAAGUAUAAUUUGAACCGAUCGCUCAAUACAAAACAGGGAUUGAAAAAGGAAGGGUAG